AUGGCGUCGCGUAGCAAGCCCGAAAUCUCUUGGGGUAGACCCCGCGUAUCCGGAUCGGCAAUGGAGACAUCAGCCUUGUCAUUGCCAUGUUCCAGUACGGAGCCCGUGGCUGCCAUAGCUGAACGCACUGCCAUACCAAGUACAAUCCCGCCUGGACUCGCCUCCUCUUCCACGGAGCCAAAGCUCGAUGCGAUCGUGCAUCAGCACCUGGAAGAUUGGAGAUUGAUGAUACGACAGGAAAGAAUGUACAUGAUGCAGGGACCGAAGAUCACUAUCUACAUUGGCGCCACGCCAGCUUUGACUACUUCAAAGCGUGCAGCCAUGGCAGUGUCCCGAACACUGAACGCCCACUUCACCGCUAACCCGGAGAGUACCCGGUUCAAUUUCCGUGCCGGAAAAUUGACGAAGAAGGCUAUUCAUACUCUGCUGAAGCACUGGCUGCGUGAGACAUGCAAAACCUUCGAAGCGCGCGAAGUUUUGCUCCACAACCAUUACCAGCGCAAUAUCGCACAAGCACGUGAAGAUAUCAAGGUCGGCGAUUUCGAACUGGAUGUGGCAGUUCUUCGGGCCUCACGCCUCUUGGGCAUGGAGAAGUACACAAAAAGUAUUAUGAAAUACUACGUCAACUACAUUCGAACAGGCAUGCCCCAGCACAAGGAGAUUGCGUAUGUUGAAGCAAUGCAAACCCAUCCGAAGGAUCCUCUUUGGACGGCAAUGAUAAAUCGUCUAGCAUACCUGCAAUACAACAACCAGAUCGAGAAUUCGAAGAAGUUCUUCAAGCUUCUCAAGAAGCACCCCGACCUUUCUAACCGCAUGGAAUCCGCUGAUCAAUAUUUCCGGAGCAGGGCUGCGAGCAACCGUCGGGACUCCGACCAUCAGGUGCACCCUGAAGGCGACUACCUGGGACAAGAUGGCAAGUACCAGAUGGGACCAGAAGGCGCUUUCACGCCAGCACCAGAAGAUGACUACACGCCGGCUCCAGAGGAAGAUAUUUCGGCGAAGGAAGCCAUCUUGAUGUGGAUUGAGAGCCCUGACCCCGUCAGGGUCCUGUACCAAGCACUUUGGGAGCAGGGUUCAACACUGUUGCCCAUUAUUCGUACUUUAAAACCUGCCAAUCACUUGUGA